AUGAAACCAUCUAAACUGCAAGAUCAUCUGAGAAGAUGCCACCCUGAUAAAACAGAGAAACAUUUGAAAUACUUUCAAACACUCAAAGAUAAAUUUCAGAAGAGAUCUACACUGGACAGAAUGUUCGCUUCGACGUCACAAAGAAAUGAUGAUGGUUUGCGGGCGUCUUACAAUAUCUCGUUACUUAUAGCAAAAUCCGGAAAACCGCAUACUAUCGGAGCGAAGUUAAUUUUGCUAGCCGUUGAAGAGGUUUUAAAAACUGUUUUACACAAACCUGCAUCUGAUAUCAUUAAAAGAAUUCCCUUAAGCAACAAUACUGUUGAAAGACGUAUUGAUGAAAUGAGUUCUGAUAUUGAAAGCUUCUUAUGUAAUUAUUUGCAAACGACCCAUUUCUCUAUACAACUGGACGAGUCAACUUUACCUGAUAAUGAUUAUUGGCAUAUGUUCGUUUUAUUAUGA